CUAUGGAAUCUAUUAAUAAACGUCUAACUCACAAUCUUCCAGAACAAUUUCGAGAUUCGCAAAUUACUCCACCUCGCUUUAUCCCUUAUUAUCUUGAUCCGAAACUCAAAUAUUCACCUGGUAUUCCUUUCCUAGCUAAAUUAAAAACACGAUGGGAACUAAGGGUCUUAGGUUAUGAGGAAGCCUUUAUGGAAUCCACUGUAGAUAAUAUGAAUAAAGGGAAUUAUCUCACUCAAUUUUAUCAUGCUUUUGGCAAAUCACAAGGCGUUCCUGUUCGAAAAAUUCUAGCCGGUAAAGAUAUAAGAACAGUAACUGCUCAAGACCUGACUACUUAUUUCAUAGACCAGGGUGGUCUUCUAGUCGAAGCUGAUGCAACAGCUUUCGAUUCACAUUUAAAUCCAUUUCCAUUCGAAGGUUUAAAAAGACUUGGGGAAAAAUCUUUUGAAUCUCAUUGGAAAAAGGAAGCGAUCUCUUCUGUAUUCCAUUCAAAGUAUGAUAAUUUACAAUCAGUUUGGAUCUUUAAUAUUACGGAAUACCCACAUGAAAUAUUCGAGUUAGGGUUAGACAAUCCAUUAUACGUGCAUAAAUUACUAAGAGAUUUUCCGACUCGUUAUAUCUCUUAUAAAGACUUUCUUAAUCAUUAUAAUGAUAAAGAUUUCUUAAAAGAUAAAAUA